AUGUUCAUAGCACGGCUCCUACCCUACUUGCUGCUAUUCGUCUUCUCCACGGUCCUCGGUGUACCGACUUGGGAUGGGUGGAAUCGUCAACAAAGCAUCAGCUCAUUGGUCCCUGGUUCUUCGUUUAUCGAGGCCUUAGGCCCGGCGAGGGAUACCCAGAUGUACAAAGGGCAUCUGUCGACAGCGAUGCCUGGUACGCCGGGAAAUCUGACAUUGAUCCAGAACACCCAGCCACCGAUGUAUUUCAUCAACCAGAACUGGCUGUGGCAGAUCAACAAUGAAACUUCCAUCUUCCGCGUCAAUGUGGUGAACACGACGGGUGUGGCUGAGAUGCCAUUGCAGCUGAAGCUGGGAACGAAAGCGGAGGGGAUCAAGACAGGAUCGUGGAGAUGGCGCGGCACGAUGUUGUAUUACGAUCAACCGAGUGGGGAUAGUCAAGGGCUGUUCUACAGCUGCCCGGCGGGCGACAACACUGGGAUCUUCAUGUUCUUAAAGAACGCGGCGCCUCCAGCGGGAUGCAGUGUUCUCACCCUACACACAUUCACUCGCAGAAAUGGAUGGCGUUAA